AUGUCGGAUGGAAGGCACAGCUCUGCCGGGCACUCGGUGCACUCGGUGCACUCACUGGCUUCGGGACGAGCCAGCAGCCUGGGCAUGCACACGGACAACUUUCUGGUCAGCAGUCACGAGGACGACUCGCCCAUUGAUGCUGUGGACCCUCCACCCGAGUUCUUCAUCCUGGGCUCUGUGCCGUCCAUCAUCCGAUGCUGGCUGUCGAAAAACUUUGCGCACGCCACCAUGCGGUACGCAGACCUGUGCACGGGAUCGCAAAAGUCCGUCAUUGACUACUCGCUGAUCAGAGAGCUGGAGCUCGAGGACGAGCUCGAGCGUGACGUCGACGGCGUCUACAAGGGGGGGGAGGAAUGUCUACCUCGUGGAGGCCACGCCCGAGAGGACGCGCCGCUCCGUGAGCCCCGGCCAGAUCCCCAGCAUCACGGCCGUUUUUGA